AUGCAUCUACGGACUCUCCUUCUCACAGCCCUAUCCCUCGGCACGACGGCCAUCAGUGCACCUACUGAACUAGCCCCUCGCGCAAGCAGGAACAGCGCACCAUCCGGCUGUCUAACAGUUGGCUCAGGCGGUUCAUACUCAACUAUCGCCAGUGCACUCGACGCCCUCGGCACUUCCUCAACGGCAGCUUGUAUUUACAUCGCAAGUGGCACAUACCAGGAACAGCUUACUAUCAAAUAUGCCGGUGCCCUGACCUUCUACGGCCAGACUGAAGAUACGGGGUCGUAUAAGCAGAAUACAGUGACUAUUACGCAUACUAUCUCUUCACCGGAGGCUGGCUCGCUGGAUAAGAGUGCGACUGUGAAUGUUGUUACGGCUGGGUUUAGGAUGUACAACAUCAACGUGGUUAAUGGUUAUGGGAAAGGUGCCCAGGCUGUUGCGCUGGUUGGCAAUGCGAAUAAACUUGGAUUCUAUGGUUGUCAGUUCUCGGGAUAUCAGGACACCCUGUAUGCUAAAUCGGGGACUCAGUAUUAUUCUAAUUGCAAGAUUGAGGGAGCUGUGGACUACAUCUUCGGCGAUGCCUCCGCUUGGUUCGGCGAAUGCGAUAUCGUCUCCAAUGGACCGGGCGCCAUCACCGCCAGCUCGCGCGAGACAACCAGCGACACCGCUUGGUAUGCAAUGGAUCACUGCAAUGUGAAGGCUGCGGCAGGAACUAGCCUUGAUGGGACCGUUUACUUUGGUCGGCCGUGGAGAGUCCUCGCUCGUGUGAUAUAUCAGAACUCCGACCUUGGUAGUCUGAUCAAUGCCAAGGGAUGGACAACAAUGGCUGAUGGGGCUACGCCAUUGUAUUAUGAGUAUAAUAAUUCUGGAGAUGGGUCUAACACUUCCAAGCGGGAGUAUACCUCGGCUAUUUCAGCGGGAGUCACGAAGAAGACGGUUCUGGGGAGUGAUUAUGGGGACUGGAUUGACUCUAAUUAUUGA